GUCAAUUCAUUCAUUCAAACUCGAGCCCAUCAAACUGAGCUUCCAUCCAUUCCAAUUCCAACAUAUAUCACCAAAACGCCUCAAAACGUGACUGACAAACCUGUUCGUUCCAGAUCUCGUACAUCUCAAGAACUCGCCUGCGAGGCUUAACCGUAGUACUAUUUUCGUCACUCUACACUUUCUCAAUCUUCAUUCGGUAUGCAAACGGUGCGAUGUCGAGUUAGAGAUAAGCUUCUGCUGCUGGUGUUCCGCGUGACGACAUUACCGAAAAAAUGGGUCAUCCCGAGCGAGCCAUAUAAACGAUCAGCAGGUUUGCACCGCCGACGGCUGAAGCUGCGUGUGCUUGAGGCUGUGAAUGCGAAUGGUUUUGUUUUCAUGAAAUUAUGUAGGCGAUAUAAAGAUCCAAUGGAAUCGGUAACGGCAGGUCAGUGUUAUCUUGGGAAUCGGCACGAUGAGACGAGGGAUUGUCGUGACGGUUCUAGUGUUGCUGACGAGUGGUGGCGGUUUCUGCGACGCGAAAAGACAGAUUCGUGCAGCAUCGGAGGAUAUAUUUUUCGAAGAAAAUGAUGCCUGUGAAUCAACGGAAAAGUUUGCCAUGAUUGUGCACGGAUGGAGGGAAAGCUGUCGGACGGAAUGGAUCGCGGAUAUACAGUCCAAUCUGACACUUCACCGAGGAGGUUGCCUGGUGUGCAUGGACUACAGCAAAUACUCCAUGGAGGACUACUUUGCUGGAUUACUGCCCAAGUUUAAUCUAAUAGCGGAGGCUCUGGUUGGAAAGCUGAAAGAGCUGGAAGCACGAGGCUUUGAUGCGGCCAAUGGGCAUCUCUUUGGGUUCAGUUUUGGUGCACAGUUGUCGAUAGAAGCUGGACGACGGUUCGGGUUUCGGAAGCUCGGACGAUUAGAUGCUUGCGAACCGGCCGGACCCGGUUUCGAUUCCGAUCGGGUCUUUGCCAUGUUGGACCCGAAAUUCGCAGCGAAAAAAGUCCAAUGCAUCCACACCAGCAGCGAUAAGGGAACGUUUCGUCGCGAAUGCCACCAGGAUUGGAACAUGGGUAAUUGCGGCACAAAUCAACUGGCAGCCGGCCCAUACCCGAAGGGAUCGCAUGGGUUGUGCCCGUAUUUCUACAACAGUGCGUUCGCGAACGAGUUCCGUGCCAUCCCGAAACCGAACGAGUGUUUAUCGUUCCGGGCCGUUUGGCCCAUUUCGGACCGUGUUCGGAUGGGUUAUUUCGCCGAUUUGGACAGUGGCAUCACCGGGGACUUCUUCUCACGAACCAUCAAAACGUACCCAUAUAACGAAAUCCCGAAUGAAGUUUAAUUGACGAUUCUUGGAUUAUGGUGAAGGAUUUUGCCGGAGUAGCUGCCUUUCGGUAUUCUAAUUGGAAAAGUUUACCAAUUAAGCGACCCUCGAACGAAAAAAAAAAAAGGGUUCGGAUUAGUUUCAGCAUCGAUUGGCGUAAAUUGCUCCGGCAGUGGAAGGGAAGGGCUAGUGAAAUGUGGUGUAAUAAAGAAUUUUUGAUGAAUAUGGAUUAUUUCGGUUUAUAAUCAUUUACUCAGCCGACCAUGUGGGUAGGCAUGCUUUAGUCUUUUAAUGAUUGGAGAAUUUAAACAAAAUGGUAAUGACGAAGACUGGCGCUCGAGCCUAGCUAUUUAGCACUGUAGUUGGAGGAAAUGCCAAUGCAGAACCCGUAGCUUCCGGGAAGGUAAGCCCAGCUCCCUGGGUUAGUGGGUUGGUGUCAGGCCCUGCGA